CCGUUGAAGCUCCUGGACUUCUAUUAAUAUUUCUUUUUUUUUUUCUCCUGAAAUGAUUUAAUCAUUACAAAAAGCUGUGUUUUUCAAGGUUACUCCAGGUUUGGAACUACCUGUACUGAAUGUCCAGGCUGUUGUAACUGCAUGACCUUGACAAAUGCUUGCACAGUGGUUUGUCUUUGUUUAGUUAAUACCUAAUGAUUAGAUGAGGGGAUUCUGGGCACCAAAUGACUGCAGAGAUUUCAGCAAGUCGGCUCUUCUGAAUCUGCACGAUACAGGUCUACCAACCAGAAAGCAAGAAGUCAUGAAGUUCUGGAAUCCUGUGUUUUUUCUCUGGUUGGCGUAUUGCUGCCAGGGUUCUCUGUCCUGCCCUGCUCUUUGUAAAUGCUACACCAGAAGAGCUGAAGUGGUCUGCAAUGAGGUUCCUCUCACAGAGUACCCCUCUGAGGACCUGCCCCCCAACACCACCAUGGUCACUAUCCAGGCCACAAACAUCACCACCAUCUCUGAGAGACACCUGAACGCUACACCCCUGCUACAAGAGCUCCACCUGAACAGCAACCACCUCCAACACCUGCCUGCUAAUGUUCUCAGAGGUGUUCCUCAGCUCCACACUUUGGACCUAACAGAAAACAGGAUCUCUGAGCUCCCUUCAGACGUCUUCAGCCACGCACCUCUGCGUAACCUGGUGCUUAAGAAUAAUCAGAUUGAAAAAGUGAACGCUGACUGGAUUCCUGAGAACAGCAGUGUGACUUGGCUGGACUUAUCUGAGAAUCGCCUCCAGAAGGUCCCAGCUGCUCUGCUGCAGAAGAUGCCCCACCUGGAGACCCUUGAUCUUUCUGACAACCGUCUUGAGUAUAUGUCUGCAAAAUCCUUGGAGCGGUUGACCAAACUUGAGAGCCUAAAACUGCAGGACAACAAGCUGGAAACUCUGGAGGAGUCCACUUUCAAAAACAAUCGCAACCUCACUUUUCUGUUCCUCUCCCGUAACAAGUUUAACAAAAUCCCCUCGAACCUUUUCCAGGGCCUGACUGAGCUCAAAGCCCUGGCCCUGGACCAAAACAAUCUAAGCCACAUCCCACCAGGGUCUCUGGACCAGCUGAGCACCUUGGACAAGGACGGUCUAGACCUGACCUCCAACCCCUGGCAGUGUGACGGGAAGGUGGAGUACCUGUGGAGGUGGAUCCAGAAGAACAAGGAGAAGAUGUUCCUGCCGGAGAUACUCGUGUGUGCCCAACCUCCGGCCUUAUCAGGACGCUCUGUGAUGUCACUGACUCAGAGUGAACUCAGUCUUCAGACCUACAAGUAUCGAUUUGUUUGUGUGUGUGUGGUAACAUGUGUGCACCCGGUGCUGUUUGCUUCUUGCAACAUUUUUGUCCUGACUCAGUGGAGAAGAGAACAAAUAUAUUUGACACAGUUUCUACGACGAACUGUAGAUUUUACAACACGUAAGAAACUCGACGUUCUGAGUCAGUGUUUGACGAUGUCCCCGUGGCUCCUCCUCACUCUGACUGCCCUGGCUGAAUGCAGUUCUCUAAAACACAGCACCACCUCCUGUCCACAUCUGUGCUCCUGCUCUGGUCAGCAGUCUCAUGUGGAGUGCAGCCAGAGCUCCCUCACUGUCUUCCCUUCACAGGGUUUGUCUCCUCACACCACUCGAUUGUCCAUCCAGUCUACGGGUCUCAGCAACGUCACAGCCCAACAUCUGAAGACGCUUCCUCUUCUGAACCACCUACAGCUGUACCACAACAACCUGACAUACCUUCCUGCAGAUCUUCUUAACGGUGUUCCUUCUCUGGUCACAUUGGACCUCACCGGAAACAAGUUGGUUGAGCUUCCUCCAAAAGUCUUCAGUCAUGAUUUUCUCCAGAAUCUGGUGCUGAAGAACAACCAGAUUGAAAAGAUUGAUGUUGAGGUGUUUUCCAACAACAGCAGCCUGAUUUGGUUAGAUCUUUCAGGGAACCGUCUAACCUCCGUUCCCUCCGCUCUUCAUCUGAAGGUUCCUCGGCUGCAGAACCUGGACUUGAGUCACAACAACCUGCAGGUGCUGGAACCUGAUGUUCUGAUAAACCUAUGUUGGCUGGAGACGCUGAAUCUUGCUGGGAACAAACUGACAACCCUAAAACCCAGAACUUUUACCUACAACCUCAAACUGACCAAACUCUUUCUGCAGGAGAACCAUCUCCAGGAUUUACCCAAGAUCCUCUUGCAAGGUCUUCAACGUCUGGAACUGGUGAUGCUGAAUCACAAUCACCUUCAGCAUCUUCCUCCAGGCUUCCUGGGUGAAAGGGAAUCCUCCUCCUUUCAAGUAGUCCUGACAGGAAACCCCUGGAUGUGUGAUGACAAGAUUGAGUAUCUCAAGACGUGGCUCCAGGCCCAUCCAGGGAGUGCCAUCUUUGUAGAGGAGGUGACCUGUUCAGGGCCUGAAGGUCUUAAACAUCGACAAGUGGUUUCUUUAUAGAACUUCGUCUUUGGUCCAACAGAAAAGACCCAAAAAAAAGGAUAAACCAAAACAUUCAGACGGUUCAAUUUGUCCAAAUAAAACGUCAUGAUUCCUUUUC